UCUAUUGCUCCAUUUCUUUCUUCCCUCUCUCCGCCACAUCUUCAAUUUCUUCAACUUGAAUUCUUCUCUCGCAAGACCCAAAAGUCUUCUUCUUCUUCUUCGAAACCCCAUUCAUUCUGCGCCGGCUUCGAUCUAUCAUCGAUUCAUCAUCCUCAUGCCCAAGUCCAGUAUUAUUAGACUACACGCUUCCAACGGCAGCAGCGCUCUUCAGCAAACCGGCAAUGAUUUCUCCUCCCACAGCUUUAUUAGUACUGCUCCCACUGGAUUCCAAUCAACUCUCAAUCGUCUGAGCAAAUGGGUUGUGGUUAUAUUCUUCACAUUGGUCAUCAUCAUCAGACACGAUGCAGAAGCUUUGUGGGCAACAAUGGGGUCAGUCUUAAAUUCAUGGCUAUCCACAAAACUCAAGCGUAUUCUCAAUCAAGAAAGACCAUUUUCCAAUUCCAGAUCUGACCCUGGAAUGCCUUCUUCACAUUCCCAAUCCAUCUUCUUCAUUCAAAUCUUUGCUGUUAUCUCAUUGACAGAAUAUUAUGGCCUAAAUAUAGUCACCAUCAUUCUUUCUGCAUUUACCUUGGCGUUUGGCUCAUAUCUGUCGUGGCUACGAAUUUAUCAGCAAUUUCACACCAUUAGCCAAGUGGCGGUUGGAGCUAUGAUAGGUACUGUUUUCGCAGUUCUGUGGUUUUGGUUAUGGGACGCGGUUAUGCUCAAUGCUUUCGAAGAUCAUUUAUGGGUUCGAAUAUUGGUGUUCUUGACGACUGUUGGAAUGUGUUUAGGUUUUGUUGGGUAUAUAAUUCGGUAUUGGUUUAUGUAUGAUAUUGAACCAUUUGUAUGAUAUAUUCAAUUCAAAGCAGCUCAAAAGAAAGAUCAAAAACAUAACUUAAUACAU